AUGCUGAAGGUUGUCAUUCUGGGACAAGAUCCGUAUCAUGGACCUAAUCAAGCUCACGGGCUCUGUUUCAGUGUCCAGAAGCCUGUUCCGCCUCCCCCCAGUUUAGAAAAUAUUUACAAAGAACUGUCUACGGAUAUUGAGGGCUUCACUCAUCCUGGCCAUGGGGAUCUGACUGGCUGGGCCAAGCAAGGAGUGCUGCUGCUCAACGCCGUCCUGACGGUGCGAGCUCACCAGGCCACCUCGCACAAGGAGAGGGGCUGGGAGCAGUUCACGGACGUGGUGGUCUCCUGGCUCAACGCGAACCUGCGCGGGGUGGUCUUCAUGCUCUGGGGAGCCUACGCCCAGAAGAAGGGCAGCUCCAUUGACCGGAAACGCCACCACGUCCUGCAGACGGCGCAUCCCUCGCCUUUCUCCGUCAACAGAGGGUUUUUUGGCUGCGGGGUUUCUAAGACGAACGAGUUGCUGAAGAAAUCCGGCAAGCAGCCCAUCGACUGGCGAGCGCUCUGAGCGGCGCGCGGAAGCUGGUGGGGUCGGAGAGUGGAAAGCAGCCCCUGUUUCAGGGGUUGUCUCGUUU